ACUCAGGUUGAAAAUUGAUGUGAACUCUGUCUUAUUUCGGGGGCCCGAAGGCCAAACUAUAUACUACGUAGGAAGUGACUGUAUGCAUAGGCAGAAGCACUAAUUGGAGGCAGCAGUAGGCAGCAUUAGGCAGGGUAGGCCACCGUACCCCAACCCCUCUCUGUAGAAGUUGUAACUGGCUAGGCAUGUAGGCAGCUACUAUGCCAGCAACUCCAAGUCUGUACGUAGGUGACCGUGAACCGUAUGAGUUGUUGAUCCUAGGUUGUAGCUGUUACAACCCGAGUCCAGAGCGAAGCGAAAGAGCAGAAUGGAACAAACUAUAUCUCUUCGCCGGUAGAGCAAAAACCGGCAAACCAGCUGCUCAACGGUGGGAACCGACCCCCUUUUCGUUGGCCUUUGCGAGCCAGGAUUGUCAAGGUCAAGGUGAGUCCUGCCCUCCCCCUCGCUUACAGCCUCACAGUGUCGCGCGGCAUCUACGCAAGGGCCUGGAGGCCAUUCUCGGGCACGAGCCGAGGAGGAAAUUCCUUAGGGCGCAGCCUGUGUCUCUCACUCGAGGACACUUGCGUCGCGAUCUCUCGGGGUAUAUGGUGUGCGAGAAAACGGAUGGAGUCCGAGCUUUCUUGUGGUACACAAAGGAUUUCCGGACAGGAGGGCAGGCAAUAUACUUGGUUGAUCGCAAGUACUCCUUCCACCGUGUUGAUACUCGUACUCCCAUUGCGCAGGUCUGCGAUGACGUCGUUCUCGACAUCGAGGUAGUCGUUCACAACGAUGACACGUUUUCCGGCGUCGUUUUCCUUGUGUUCGACUGUCUCGCGUACGGUGGCGCAAGUAUCGUCCAGAAGAAGUUGACGUCGAGGCUUGGUUUUGCAAAAAAAUUCGAGGGGGAACUUAAAGGAAAAGCUGCUCCGAUGCCAGUAUUGGUGACGGUGAAGAAGUUCCUGCCGGCAGGUGACGUGGAGAAGUGUCUGAAGGAGAUGGAGAUCGUCCAUCACGGGACUGACGGUCUUAUACUAACCCCUCCGCGUGAAUACCGCUUCUACACAGAUGGCGAUCUGUUCAAGUGGAAGCCGGCACGGGAGAACACGGUGGACUCUCAGUCUCUUCUGGAAUUUGCGGCCAUGGUCGCUGCGUGGAGGCCAGGUAAGGAGGCUAUAUUGGAGUGUUGGAGAGAUGAGAGAGGCCGCUGGCAGCCGAAGCUCGACAAGAUCAACCAGAAAGACGUCCCCCGUUUCCGGGAUGACAAGGAAACUGCGAACUUCUUCAAGGUAGCCGAGAACGUGAUAGCCUCUUUGGAGGAUAACAUUACAGAGCGCCAGUUGAAGCUAGCAGCCAAGCGGUCCCAGGUCAAGCCGGGUGGCUACUUCGAGCUCAUGGGUGGUCAUGAGCGGGAGGCACAACAAGCUAAGUUUGACCGCGUCGCCCCCUUUUUCGUUAAUUCUCGACUUGUUAGUCCGAGUGGGUACCGGCCGGUCUCUCCACCUCCGUUCAGGAAAUGGGGCCCUCAGCGUGACAAAGCACCCUCUUGGGGUGGCCAACAAACGACACACUUCGACUCUUCAGCGUCCGACUGGUGCCCACGAAACGCGGUCUUCUCGGGAACGAAGCGUAAGCGGUCAGCCUUUACUUCUUCUUCACUUCACCUCCACCCCUCGAGCCCGGAUGGCCACGACUCGGAACGGAAACGGUCGGAUUCUGGCGUUUCUGAGAGCUUCGCCGCGAUUCCGGGAGGAGGUUGAUAGUCCCCUACCGUGAGCGGAGGAUGGUGGUGAAUGAACCUAGUUUCUUUCAAUACGUUUUCACGAACCUUAGUGGGCUUGUCGGGAGGCGGUCUGAGGCCCCUACGUGAAGGGUGGCUGGCCACUAGCUCUCGAUCCUUUUGUAAGUCUUACCACCCUUCCCCCUUCAUAGUAUUACUUUAAAUGUCACCAGAUCUUCUUUUACUGCCUUUCGAGUGACUCGUUCGGAGGUGGUUUUAGGCCCCUACUGCGACACGUCAGGUGGAUGGUGGCUAUCGAAUCUUACUGCUUUUGAUGUGAACUUGUAAUGAGAGAAAUGGUGCCAUAUGCGGAAGAUGAUGAGGACGUAGUGUAGCUGUUUUUGGUAAUAUGGAC